AUGGAAGAAACAAAAGAAUUGUACGAAGUCCUCGGACUUCCUGUUGAUGCUACUGCAGAACAAAUUAAAGAUGCAUAUUACAGACUGUCAAAGCUCUUUCACCCGGAUAGACAUAAUCUUGAACAGAAAGUAGUUGCGGAACAAAAAUUUCAGCGGGUACAAGCCGCUUAUGAGGUUCUUUCAGAUCCCAUAAAACGUCAAAUCUACGAUAAGUAUGGCAUGAAAGGACUAAAGGUUGACUGGGACAUUGGUCCGGCUGGGCAGUCAGCCGAAGAAUUGCAACAAACUAUCCGUGAACAACUUCAAGCUAAAGAGUCUCAGAGUCUGGACUCGUUGAUUCAAAAUAGAACUGAAACAAAUGUCAUGAUUAACGCUACUCCCCUAUUUGCAAAAAACUUGCGUGUCCGUAACCCAUUGGCAUUAGGUAUGGCUUCAACCAGAGAAUUAACAUUACUUGAACGUUUCUCUUUGGUUCAGUGGAUAUCAUAUCACUUAAAGACUUCAUUUAGUAUCCCAUUAAUUACUUCCAAAAACUCAAAACUUCCUAUACCAAAAUUUUUUCAAAGUUCUUCUGAGGAUGAUGAAUUUUCUGACCAUAUCGAUGAUGGUGAGACUGUGAAUGGAUCAACGCGUCUUAUUUUCAUUUCUGAAGCGUCCGCAAAACUAGGAGCUAGGGCCCAGCCUUCUCUUUCUGCCGUUCUCCGACACCAAGUGUCUCCUCGCCUAAGCACUGAAACAGGUUUGUCACUUUUACGCCCAGGGGUUGCUACUCUCAAAGCCGUAUAUGCUAUAAACAACGAAACUUUUGUCAUUCCUAUGGUGCGCAUGGCUUCCUACAAACGUCCACCUCAGGCUACAGUCGUAGUUGGCCGUCAAAUUUCUCGAUAUGGCACGCUUUCUAUACGAUGGAAAACAGGUAGUUGGUCUCUAGGUAAUUGGGGAGCUGCUUAUCCUCCAAAUAACGCAUCAUCUUUUUCCUUAAUUUGGCAACAACUCAAACCUUCACCAGAUGAUCCUUUUCCACUAUUGAAAUGGAACGCCGAACUGACAGCCGGUCUUAUGUAUAGUGGAAUUGCUUGCAAUUAUAAUCUUUCAACCUUAGGUCCAUAUCAAAUGCAAUGUGGAACAUCCCUCAGUACUGUAGGAGGUUUGCAAGUAACCGCAGAUGCAAAUCGAAAAGUUUUCCGUCACAGCGCCAUGGGUAUGACUAUAGCUGUUGCUGUUCCAUCUGGUGCUAUCACUUUGAACAUCAGUUGGUCAAGAUUAGGUCAGAAGUUUUCUUUCCCUAUUAUGUGGAGUGGUGCAUUUGACAGAUCUUCAAUCUUUUGGGGAUUGGUUUUACCUAUAGGCACAGUUUUGGGCGUUGAUAAUUUCUUUUUACGCCCCAGACGUAUAUCUGAGUCGAAGCGUAGGAGAGCUCUUCGACUGCAGCAGCAUAAAAAGAUACAUGAAACUAAGAAAGAAGAGGCUGAGCAAAUAGUCGCAUUAAUGAAGGAACUUGUUCAAAAAAAGCAAAAAGUGGAAGCUGACAAAGGCGGUCUCGUUAUUGAAUAUGCAGAAUACAGAACUAUUCCAAAGAACUCAGUCUUACGUAGGCAAAAAGAACACGCUAUCAAACAGGAUGUUACUAUUCCAAUUGCUUCUCUGGUUGACGAUUCCCGAUUAGUUAUCCCUUCCAGUGUUUCCAAAUCUUCGAUUGUUGGAAUUUAUCCUCUAUUCUCUGACGAUGAUAAAGAAUUGCUAAUUGUUUAUAAAUUUCACCAGCAAUCUCAUCGUGUUUUGUUACGUGAAAAACAAGGGGUUCUUUUACCUAAUCGAGGUAUGUUCAUAUAA